AUGUCGCGCAAGCAAGUAGACUCGAGAAUUCCGGCGCUCAUCCGCAACGGAGUGCAGGAAAAGAAGAGGAGUUUCUUUGUGGUUGUCGGCGACCACUCCAAGGAUACCAUCGUCCGCCUGCACUACAUCCUUUCGCAAGUCGAUCUCAAGCAGAACAAGUCUGUACUAUGGGCCUACAAAAAUAAGUUGCUGGACUUCACCAGCCACCGGAAGAAGCGCGAGGCGAGGAUCAAGAAGGAGAUUAGGCGCGGCACACGCGAGGCGAACACCGAGGACCCCUUCGAGCUUUUCGUUUCGCUCCACAACAUCAGAUAUGUCUACUACAAGGAGACCGAGAAGGUCCUGGGUAACACAUACGGCAUGUGUAUCCUCCAGGACUUCGAGGCCGUGACGCCCAACAUCCUUGCGCGUUGCAUCGAGACGGUCGAGGGAGGCGGCCUGGUGGUCCUGCUCCUCAAGGGAAUGAACAGUCUGAAGAGCCUUUACACAUUGUCCAUGGACGUCCACUCGCGAUACCGAACCGAAGCCUACGACGACGUCGUCGCCAGAUUCAACGAGCGUUUCAUAUUAUCACUCGGAAGCUGCGACUCGUGCCUGGUUAUCGACGACGAGUUCAACGUGUUGCCUAUCUCCGGAGGAAAGGAUGUCAAGGCCCUUCCGCCCCCGGACUUGGACCAGCCAAAGAGCGCAACCCAGGAGGAGCUGGACAACCUGAAGGAGAACCUGCAAGAUACCAAACCUGUCGGCACCCUGGUGACGCUUGCGAAGACGGUGGACCAAGCCAAGGCCCUGUUGACGUUCUGCGAUGCUAUUUCGGAAAAGACCUUGAGGAAUACUGUUACCUUGACUGCUGCGAGAGGAAGAGGUAAAUCCGCGGCAAUGGGUGUGGCCGUGGCAGCAGCCGUGGCAUAUGGUUACAGCAACAUCUUCGUCACGUCGCCUUCUCCUGAAAACUUGAAGACGUUCUUCGAGUUCAUUUUCAAAGGAUUUGAUGCUUUGGGAUACCAGGACCACCUGGAUUACUCUAUUAUUCAGGCCACCUCGCCAGAGCUGAAUAAGGCUAUCGUCAGGGUCAACAUUCACCGGGAUCACAGACAAACGAUCCAGUACAUAAGACCCCAGGAUGCGCAUGUUCUCGGGCAAGCUGAAUUGGUCGUGAUCGACGAGGCUGCAGCCAUCCCACUACCCCUCGUGAGGAAACUGAUGGGACCAUACCUUGUAUUCAUGGCAUCUACUAUCAAUGGUUAUGAAGGUACUGGACGCUCUCUGUCACUAAAGCUGAUCAAGCAGCUCAGGGAGCAGUCAAGACCAGGCGCGACCGCCAGUGGGGAGGGCGAGCUCGCCGACCGAUCAACGGGAAGGGCAGCCAAGAACCAGGAGUCCUCCAGCCUUGGUAGCAGGACGCUGCGAGAGAUCACUCUGUCGGAGCCGAUCCGAUAUGCACAAGGGGAUUCUGUGGAAAGGUGGCUAAACAAACUUCUCUGCCUGGACGCGACGCUGCCAAAAGCGAAGCUCAGCCAGGGUUGCCCUGACCCCGCGCAGUGUGAGCUGUUGCAUGUUAACCGUGAUACCCUGUUCAGCUUCCAUCCCGUGCCGGAGAAGUUCCUGCAACAGAUGGUUUCACUUUACGUUUCGAGUCACUACAAGAACAGCCCCGACGACCUUCAACUCAUGAGUGAUGCACCUUCCCACGAGCUGUACGUUUUGGUGCCACCUGGGGCGACAGAAGGGAGUCGCCUGCCAGAGCCGCUCUGUGUCAUCCAAGUGGCACUCGAAGGCAAGAUCAGCCGUCAAAGUGUGAUCAACUCCCUCAGCAGAGGGCGGAGACCCGAUGGUGACCUGAUACCAUGGCUUGUCAGUCAGCAAUAUCAGGAUGACGAGUUUGCCUCCCUGUCUGGGGCCAGAAUUGUCCGGAUCGCAACGAACCCAGACUACGCCUCGAUGGGAUACGGUUCAAAAGCACUGCAGCUUCUUACCGACUACUACGAGGGCAGGUUCUUGAACCUUGCGGAGGACGCGGAUAUUACGGGCGAGGGGACGAUUACCAGAGUGACUGACGCAGAGCUGGCAAACGCAAACCUCCUGGAUGACAACAUCAAGGUCAGGGAUCAAAGCAAGAUGCCCCCGCUGUUCUCUGUGCUCUCUCAGCGCAGGCCAGUGGAGCUCGACUACGUCGGUGUAAGCUACGGGCUGACGCAGCCUCUCCACAAGUUCUGGAAACGCUCGUCGUUCGCACCUGUCUACCUGAGACAAACAGCCAACUCGUUGACGGGCGAGCACACGACCGUCAUGAUCAGGCCGUUGGAAAGGAGCGGCGACAGAAGCUGGCUCGGUGCCUUCUCCCGGGAUUUCCACCGCCGGUUCAUGGAGCUCCUCUCCUACCAGUUCAGGACCUUCCCCUCGGUCCUGGCCCUCAGCAUCGACGAGAGUGCAAACGCUGGGGCAGCACUUGACGACGUUGAGCCACGCCCACUGACAAAGGCUGAGCUCGACGAGCGCUUCACGCCCCACGACCUGAAGCGUCUCGAGUCAUACGCAAACAACAUGCUGGAUUACCACGUCAUUCUCGACCUCAUCCCAAGGAUAGCGGAGCUCUACUUCUUGGGACGUAUCAAGAACUCGGUCAAGCUCUCUGGCAUCCAGCAGUCGAUCCUUCUCUCUGUCGGUCUCCAGCGCAAGGAUAUGGACGCCGUGGCGGAGGAGCACGGGAGCCUGCAGUCGUCGCAGUUGCUGGCCAUGUUCAUCAAGAUCCUGCGCAAGAUCACCACACACUUCAGCAGCGUGGUCUCGGGGGCGUACGACGCCGAGAUGCCCAAGACGGACAUUGGCGUCAGCCGCGAGAACGCGACUGGCGUGCAUGACGAUGAGAUCGUCGACAGCAAGUUCCAGCCGCUGGAGAAGAACCUGGAGGAGGAGCUUGACGAGGAAGGAGACGAAGCCCUGAAGGAGGUUAGGAGAAAGCAGAGAGAGCUGAUUGACUCUCUGCCUCUUGAUCAAUACCAAAUCGAGGGCAACGAGGAGGUGUGGAAGGACGCCGAGGAGCAGGUCAAGAAGGGCAAGGGGAGCAACGUGGUCAGCGUCAAGAGCAGCAAGCAGAAGAGGAAGGCCGGCCAGACCGCCGAGGAGGUCUACAACGAGGCAUUUGGGGAGAAAAAGCACAAGAAGCACAAGAAACCCAAGAAGUAA